AUGUCGCCUAUUACUCCUCCAGCCCUAGCUCAUCUCCAUACCAGGCGAGACGAGACGGUAGCCAAAAAAGAAGAGACCAAUUCUUGCACUCUUGCCUAUUGGAGGUUCAAACAGCCAGAUGUAUUGCAGGCUUUGGAGGAAUUUGCCAAGUCGCAAGAUUGGAAUCGUGAGACGGCAGAUAAAGAAGCGUGUAUUCGAGAGGUGCAAGACUUGUUUACCAAGAUGAACAAGGGAAUGGUUCAGCAAGAGAAAGAAUCUCUGUGGCGUGAUGAUCAGGGCCCUUCCCCGUGUGCGAAACAGUGGUCGGUCGUAUUUGGAGGCAAGUGGGCUGAACGGCCGUGUUCCAUAGCUGAGCAAUUAGUGGAUUUGCUUUGGAACGCGGGCAAAGAAGCCCGUGUUUAUACCGUAUCAAGGAGCACACAAAUUAACUGGGAAGCGCAACCUGACAAUGUGAAGCACUUUCCCAAACUGAAUCUUGAAGAAGCCAAAGUGGGAAAGGGAGAGUUUGAAGACGUUCUAAACAAGGUUUUUGAUGACUAUGAUGCUGCUUUUGCCAGUAAUGGCCAAGAGGACAAGGAAAAAGUUCCCAUUGUCUUGUACUUCACCCUGGCCAAGCACAAGGGCAAUAACCUGCCCUUUCAGAGAAAUAUUCAGUCGGCAAAUAAUUUUGUGCAAGCGCUGGAAAGCGUCGUUCCGUCAAGACUUGUUGCCAAGAAUAUACCAUGGAAAGUGGUUGUUACCGGCACUGACGCUACCUGCCCAAGCACCCAGCAAGACAAGGACUUGGGAAUGGUCGAGGGUGUUGCUACCACGGCUCCUACUUACAGAGUGCUUCCGCAUAACACUGUUUAUGCUGCCUCCAAGCUUUGCCAGUUUUACAGCAUUGCUGCUUCAGUGGCAAAAAUGACCCAAACGGACGUGAAGCCAUUGGCGUCUUCUCGCGAAGGGCACGAUGGAUCUCUGACAGCCAUUGACAAGCAACUGCAAAAUUUCGUCUUUUCGGCCGGGGCAAAUGGGGCCUUCCAAGAAAACGACUAUCUCGACGCCAAGGAGCUGGACGAGGUUUCCUUAUACUGGACCGACGUGGCCGAACCGUCGUUGAAAAAACACCUACAGACGGCCAAGGGAAUUUCCAUUUGCUACACGCCGCUGCAUCGGGAUCCAUGGACAGAAAUGGGCUUGGACAAAACGAAGACAGAUUCGCCCAAGAAAAUCGUCAUUGACAAUGUCAUGUGGCGUCUCCGAAAUGGAAUUUCUAUUGAUCGAGCGGCUCGAGCUCAUUUGUAG